GGUGGCGGCGGUUGAACGAGGGUCGCGGAGCGAUGGUGGGCGCCGAGGAGGAGCGCCGGAAAAGGCUGCAGGAGUACUUGGCGGCCAAGGGGAAGCUGAAAUGUCAAAACCCCAAGCCUUAUCUAAGAGAACAGACUAACCGGUUAAAUCCUCCACCUUCGAAAUCUACAACCAGACCCAAGAAAGAUGCCGCUCAGCGUUCCCUUUCCAACAUGGUUUUGCCCUGCCCAGUCCCCAAAGCCAGAGGCUUCCUGCCUCAGUCUAAACCCUCCAAUGUUCCCCCGUCCCAACGAGCUCCCGCUCCGUUUCUGGGGAAAGGACCAACGGCAAGAUGCAGGCCUUCAAAGCCAGGCCCAAAGCAGCUUGCAGGUAACACAGCCCCUUCCCAGCUGGGGGUCAGAACCAAAGACCCCGCUGCAGGCAAGCAGCCGGGAAGACCCGGACCUCUGCCGGGAACACGGGAGGUGAGGAGAUCUGUCCAGCCCAAGGGGGUCAGCCAAGGCAGGGCUGAACCCAAAAACGCCAAGCCGGCUCCCCGGAGGGAAGACUACUCCAGGGCCAACUCUUCUAAGGGAUCGGGCAAAGAGAACCCGCCUUCGUCCGUGGCCGAGACAAAACAAGAGCCCGACGCUCACACCCGCCUUCAGCCAAAGGCGAGUGCCAGCCAUGCCAGAAGGAGCGGACUGGGGCCCAAGCAGGCGUUGGCCAGAGACUGGAAGACCAGCAGGAUUCUCAGAGACCAGAGCAACAGGAGGUCGGUCAGCAGGCCACAAGCCCUGGCACCCUCGGGAAAACCCCAGCGGCCCGCAAAUGCCGGUUCGGACUGGCCGGGGGGUGAAGUCUCAAGGGCGGCCGCAGUGACAGGACAGAAGAAAAACCCAUCUGAUGGGAGGCCUGGGCCCCCUCGUGAAAUAAAAAGCGCAGCGGGGGGAAACGAGCAGAAUGCAGAUGUUGAGAAAGUGACCCGGAUUUGGGGGGCGAAAUCCAGGAGGAGUGUUUCCAGGGCCUGGGCGACCCCCGCCGCUCAAGUCCCCUGUGUUAGUUUGGCCACAUCUACUGCAAAGGGAAAAGGAUGGCCAGACCCAGCCUCUUCAGAAGCAACCGGACCGCCACUGAACCCGACCACCAGCACAAAAGGAGCAGAGAACAAUCGCAGGAGAAAACUGGAGGAGUGGAAACAGUCGAAGGGCAAGACCUACAAGCGCCCUCCAAUGGGGUUUCCAGCUAAGAAGAGAACCCUAGAGAACCUGAACCAUUCCUUCUGGAAGAAGAUGGAGGAAGAAGAGGAAGAAAAGAGAGCCCAGCUGGAAUUGGUGGGGAAAAUUAACAACGUCCUCAGUGAGUGCCUGAAACUCAUCGAAGUGGGCUCCCAGACUCAAGAGCUGUUGGCCAUUUUGUCCGGCAUCCCGGCAGCGGAGAAGUUUGCCAAGUUCUGGGUGUGCAAAGCCAAGCUGCUGGCCAGACAGGGCCCCUUUGAUGUGGUUGGGCUCUACGAAGCAGCAGUGCAAAGCGGGGCCGUGCCCAUCCAGGAGUUGCAAGAAGUCAUCUUCGAUAUCUUGAAAAACACAAACAGAGAAACUGAAGACACUGGCCCUUCGGCACCAAGUGAGACAGCCGCCAAGACCACAUCCCAGGAACCCAGUCUGCUCCCCACAAGAGAGGGGCCACGGGGGCUGGCUACCCCUCAGACAGCCCCGUGGUGCCGGGUUAACAACCCCAUGUCCUCUAUCAAGUUACACGUCACGCCGAUCCCCCGCAGAAUGACAGAAAGGGCGGCUCCCACCCAUGAUCUGAAGCUCCUGACUCCCGUGCGGCGUUCUCUGAGGAUCGAGCGGGCAUUGUUCCGCUACCCCGAAAUGCUUAAGGACCACGACACGGUGGUGGCUUCCCUGGACGAACUAGCGGAAGUGGAUGACGUCGACCUCUUAAUUUACCGCAAAAACGAGGCUUUGCCAGAGGACGUGGGGCUGAACAUGUUUGGCUUAUAACUGCACGGCGGGGGAGUCAAAGAAGGGAGCCUUGCUGUUUCCCAGACCCACCUGGCCCAGCGCUGCUGGGGGCUGGAGCCCAAGGCCUGGGAGCUGGCCCACAGCCUCCUUGAGGAUUACUGGGGUCUGACCCCAGGGGGCUGUGGUUUUUGUGCAGGAGGGGAAGUACUACAGUUUUAAACAAUAGAUGGACAGUCCUCCUGCCUGCCGUCAUGUCCCUCCCAGCACCGAGCAGACGUUCCGCGACUCUCCCACUGCCUCCACAUCCUGCCCUCCGGCAGAAACGUGUAGCUGGAGGUUCCCUGGGGCAGCUCUACCCUGCUGCCCCACCUGCCCCUCUUCCCCUGGAUCCCAGACACCAAAAGCCCAACCUCCACCCACCCACUUCCCUAAUGCCAGGAGGCCGGGUGAUACCCAGGCCUUGAACCGUCCUCUUCACUCUAGGCCCGCAAUAAAUGUUGGCAGCCUGGGGCAGCCCCUUGGAGGCCUUAGUAGUGAAAACACCUGGAGGGUAGGGCUCUGGGUGACCACUCCUAGGCGCUCAGCGACUAUCAACCACUACAUAAAUGGACUUAGUUCUAGGACUUGCCCGCUCUCCCCCCUUGGAGUGACACCACUGAUCUCUGCUGCCCGUUUACCUGGUGGGAUCCCCUCCUCCCUUAGAAGUGAGGCCCCUGGCUCCCCAGACACAGGCCUGAAGCAAAUGUCAGGUCAGAGUGGGUGAGACCAAACAUACCACUAACGCAAAAUGAAAUCUCAUGGACACGAAAAGCUCAGUGAAAAUCAAGUUAGAUGGGGGCCAGAUAGAGCACACUUCACUGUAACGUGGGGCUGAAGGUGGAUUAAAGGCAUGAGACGAGGAAUUUGAAACACCUUAUGAGCAGGGGGGGAGAGUUGGGUGGAGGGGCAAGCUGGGCCCCCACAGGGUUGGAGCAGAAAGCAGCAGUGGGUUGGGUGAGGUCCUCCUGCUUUGUUGAAGGUGAGAUGUCUGGUGGUGGUUUGGGCAGCCCAGCCUCCACCAGGAAGGCCACCGGGACUCCAGUUUGCUGGCCCUGUGGUGUUGGCAGGUGACCAAGAAAGGGCUGGCACAUCAGGAGGCUUCACCAUCCUCUCUGAAGAUGAUGGAGUGGGUAUGUUCGAGAAGACUCAACUGAGUCUACAUUCCACUUGUCUGCUGUGUGACCUUGGGCAAAUCACUUCAAUUCUCUUUGCCUCACUUCAACUGUAAA